CCUACCCACUACUACAGACGCGAGUGCUAUAUAGUUUGAAAAGAAAAUGUCAGUUCGUAUAUCUUGAUAUAGUAACUUAAUAACUAUUUCCUCAAAAUUUCUACAAAAGUCGUGACGCCGUGUUUUUCUGUGUCUAACAAACAGUUUUAUAACACUAAAAGUCGUUGUUUAUUAAAUAAAGCUUUCUAAAUCGUGAACGGGUUCGGAUCAGUCCGUGUUUGAUCUCACAUCACGCGAUCAUCACGCCGCCUCCACCGGUACAUUACGCAAACCGACAUGACGUAAUACGGAAACAAACAAGGUUGCGAAUGAACUUACGUAACUGCGGAGAUUCGUUGACGCGAUCUUUCUUCUUCUCUCCUAUUUCAUUUGCGGCUUUGGUUGAGAAUAUGUUACACAUAUCGCUGCUAAAUUUUAAAUUAAAUAAACAAGUCAAUAUGUUUAAACAAAUUUGAAACAGACAAUCACAUUUAUCGGACUUUUCAAUUUUUAUAAUUUUUAUUUGGGGCCGAUACGGUUGACUAAAGACACAUGGAACGAUUCAUGCGUAACCACUCCAAAAACAAUAACAACUUUACUUCUUUCUUGGAAGCUUACGGCAAGAUUUUGUAGCAAUUCAAGUGAAAUGUUUGGGUAAUUGCGUCAGUAGCGCGUAGUUCAUUUCGUACUUUGUUUUCGCUUCUAAUUAAUGUUUACUGUGCGGCAUAUUUGGUUUAAAUUUCUUCACUAUUUACACAUAUUUUACAACAUACAUUUCUGUAGUAAAUUAUGGGUGGAAUUGGUAGUCGUUUUGUUUGUAUUAAAGCAUGCCAGAAUGUGUCACAAACAAGAGAAACCUACAGACAAAAUUACGUCGCUCCAGCCUUACCUGAUGGAUUGUUUGUUGAUAAAGAAUUUUUUUCUGUUCUUUUCCAAAGUUUAAAUGAAAUGAGAAAAAAUGAGGAAAUGACAGAUACCAUUAUUCACUGUGGAGACCGUGUGUAUCCUUGUCAUUCUGUUGUGCUUUAUUUCUGCUGCAAAUAUUUUCAUGACUUGGUGGUACAAGCUGUCAAUGAUUCUGACACAAAAGAUGGAUUGGUAAUUACUGCAAAAAAAUCCCAGACCAGGAGGCAAAGUUCCUGUUACAGUAUAUGUAUACUGGCAAAGUGUCUUUGCCUUUUGAUUGCAUAGGAAAUUUCUCCGAUGCUGCAGUCCAGUGGGGACUUCACGAAAAGAUAGAACUUCAUGAAAAAGUUUCUCUUGGUCGUUUCUGCUCAAAUUCCUCUCCUGUGUUUGACAUGUUAAGCAAAAUAUUAAUUCAAGAUGAAAUUGACAGUUGUUGUAUACAAAUAUCAGAAGAGAAGUUUAUGUCUGAGAAAUUCUUUAGUUGCUUUUCUCAAGAGAGUCGAAUGGAAAGUGAAAAAACGGAAUUAAAUUAUACUGUUGUGUUAUCCCCUGAGAAUGGUGAAGGAAUAAGAUGCCAUCGUGAGCUGCUGUCAACUUUUAGUUCAUACUUCCAUAGCAUGUUUAGAGUUGGUGAUAGGAGUUAUAUGGAAGCCACAGAAGAUUCUGUAAAACUGUUCGGGGUGGACCAAGAUACACUACAGGUAAUAGUGGAUUAUAUUUACACUGGUAAAGUGCAAUUCACUCCAGAGAACAUUAAUUCAAUAAUGAAGGCAGCUGGAUGGAUUUGUCCAGAAUCAGAGCUUCUGAAGCAAGGGAGCUUAUAUUUGAUAGAAAGAGUGACAACACAAAAUUGCUUCCAAACAGAAAUAUUCGCAGAAUCCUAUGCUUUAACCCAGCUUAAAGAAGCUUGUUCUGACUUCAUAUUAAAAAACUUAAGCCAAACCAAAAGCACUUUAUCAUUUACCAAGUUAUCAAGUGAAUAUCUAAGAUCUGUUUUAUCCGAAGAUCGACUUUUUGCUGUUUCAGAAAAGGAGUUGUUUGAUGCUGUUUUGGAUUGGGGAGUGUCGCACUCAGCUGUGGAGGUUCUGGAUCUUCUCAGUAAGGUCAUUCGUACUUCUCUGAUGGAAAUUUCGGAGCUGGAGGCAUCGGUGGAGGCCGUGAUGAACUUUGGGAUACCCUCGCAUCCAACUGUGGACUUCUUCAAAGAUUCUUUGAGGUUUGCUCAUCUUGCUCCAAUGGAGGAACGGAUCCUGGAGACGGGGCAGCAACAUCGGAACUGCAGCACUGAGACUGUGGUGUUGUUGACUUAUUACUAUCAGAAUUUGACCCUUCAAAAGCUGUGCAGAACGCAGGAUUUUAAGGAAUCAACAGAAACUUUCAAGAAAGUGUUAGAACCAACAGACAUAAACAGCAUUUGUUCAAAAUCCUGCAGCUCCUACCAACCUAGGAUUCCAAUGGUAUGCUAUGCUGUGCAAGUGGUGAAUGGCAGGAUCUUUAUUACUGGUGGUUUUUACUGCUCAAAAACAAAACGUCCAUUAGGAACUGUGUUUGAUACAACACUGGUGUAUUGUCCAAAGAGACACCAGUGGUUCCAUGGUCCAACCAUGAACAAUGCUCGCCAUUCACAUGAUAUGCUGUUGGUUGGUGACAGCAUAUAUGUCAUUGGUGGAAAAUGGUUUGAAACAAACCAACGUAUUGGAGGAAUGUCAAGCAGGAAAAACAUCAACACGAUUGAACGACUUCGUAUUUCUGGGGGGGUGUGGGAGAAGAUCGGAAAGUUUCCUGCAAAAGAGAAAGUGUUAAAACACAUAAGUGUUGCACUCAGCUCUGUGAUCUACAUGUUCUGCUCAGGUAAAGUAACUUCACAACUUACAUUACAUCGCUAUUCCACCAGGGAACAAGACUGGAUGCCACCUGUUAAUAUAACUACACCAAUUUACUCUCCCAUACAGUGUAUGGCCACAUUUAAAGGGAAGAUAUAUGGAUUUUCAAUUUUUGGAACAAAGUAUCGGGUGUUCCCCUUUGAUAAUUCUGUAAACCCAAGAUUCGAAGACUGCAUAGGUCUUAUUAAACGCGGUGAAAAUAAACCAUUUUUCUACAACGAGCAACUUAUUACUGUGAGAAAAGAUCGCUCCAAGCCUUACAGUAAGCAGUGGAAAGUUAAGGUGCAACCCUUUGAAGCUGCCCUGUAUCAGCCUGAAAUGGAACUUGGAGCUGGAGAUGAAACUCCACCGACGGAAAAUAUUGUCGUACUUCAUACUUAUCUACCUGAGUUAUAAACUGACAUAUUCUUACUUACUUGCUGUAUGGUGUUGCAUUUCUUACCAAACCAAAUCACUGUUUUCAUAUUUUAAAUUGUUGCUUUAUAUAUUCAUAUUAUGUAUUAGUUCAUCUGUAUUUAUGGUAAUGGGCAAACCCUCGGCAAAAUCCCCUGUCUUCUGCUGUGCCUACAGGACCUCUCCCAUGUACAGAAAUAAAUGUAUACUAGUGUUUUAAACAUACAUGCAGUGGCGCAGCCAGGGGGUUUAGGGGAUCCCCCCCUCCUUUUAAACAAAAAAAAAUAAUUAAAAAAAAAAUUGAAAUUUUUUUGAUUAAACCCCCCCUUAUUUUUUUUCUGGCUGCGCCACUGCAUACAUGACGCAGUUUUUG